AUGUCAAACAAGCCGGCCAUUCACCGCCAGCUGAACAUCAAGUCUGGCGUGCUUUUGAAGGAACACAUCCUGUAUGCAAAAGAAGCAGAAGAGCAACAGCGGACGUUCGAUAAGCUUAUCGCCAAUAAAGCUGAAGAGUGGGACGUGAAAAGUGCCAAAAGGAUAUUGGAAGAGUCACACAGGAUGAUCAAGGAUUCUGAUAACCGUCUAGGCAAGGCGGUACAAGAUCUACGAGAACUCGUCCUACGUGUCAAGUCCCAACCUGAGUUUGCGGAAGAUGUCGAGCUCCUGCAUGCCGAGGAAGCACUGGAGGAGGCGAGCGUGUAA